AGAAAUUUUGGCGAAAUUCCUCAACUUCACUGAUUGAAUCUGCGUCCCCAGCCAACAGAAGCGCAUCUUGUCUUCGCCCAACCAACAAGAUGGCUACCGAACUGACCGUCCAGAGCGAGCGUGCUUUCCAGAAGCAGCCGCACAUUUUCCUCAACAGCAAGACCAAGGUCAAGUCUACCCGGCCGGGCAAGGGCGGUCGGAGAUGGUACAAGGACGUUGGUCUGGGUUUCAAGACCCCCAAGACUGCCAUUGAGGGCCAGUACAUCGACAAGAAGUGCCCCUUCACCGGCAUGGUCUCCAUCCGCGGCCGUAUCCUGACCGGCACCGUCGUUUCCACCAAGAUGCACCGCACCAUCAUCAUCCGCCGCGAGUACCUUCACUACAUUCCCAAGUACAACCGGUACGAGAAGCGCCACAAGAACCUGGCCGCUCACGUGUCUCCGGCUUUCCGUGUGGAGGAGGGUGACCAGGUUACCGUUGGCCAGUGCCGGCCUCUGAGCAAGACGGUGCGGUUCAACGUUCUCCGCGUGCUUCCCCGGACCGGCAAGGCGGUCAAGAAGUUCAGCAAGUUCUAAAUAGUGGGCGGGGUCUUUUCAUUGGGCAUUUCUGGCGUGGUUUUGCUUUGAGGGACUUGAGCUUAUCAGAAACGGGACGGCCAGGCAGGGAAAAUGACUGCUCCGGGGGGACAUGAUCAUAUGUCGUAGAGGCAGUUCUUGCUGAAUGAAAUCCGCCAAGGUGAACUUGACAGGGCGCUAUGAUACCCACGCCGAGGGGCCAUGUAUUGUAGCAACAGUUUCUGGCGGAGGGGCUCGCAGAAGACGAGCCGAGAUAAGACUGAUAGCCCUGAACAGACCACCCAGUCAAGCAC